ACUGCACCUCCCAAGGUGCACGCUUAAGCUUUGAACAACCACUACAAUGUCUGAUCCGAAUCCGCUGAUCGUUGGUAUUGAUGUGGGCGGUGAGAUUCUACACCAGUACUUCUGUUGCUUGCAUGAAGACACUGACGAUUGAAAAGGUACCAAUACCGACUCCGUCCUCCUUAGAGUUGGUGAUGGCAGCAAGAUCUCGGUUCUUGCUUCAAACAAGGCAGUGACAACAUCAAAUGUCACGCUAGGUGUCAGAGAUACGCUUCAAGCUUUGCUUGAAAAGUCCCAGGAACCCCCGCAGAAGAUUGCUGCAUUGGCGAUUGGAACGACCCAUUUCCUCAACGCCAUUAUUGAACGAGAUUCUUCAAGAGUGGAGAACGUCGCUGUCAUUCGACUUGCCUCCUAUAAUUUCUCGGUUGGGCAGCCAACCUUCUCAGCAUGGCCCCCAGCGUUGAAACAUAUUGUGAAUGGACAUACUGCAAUAAUUCCAGGUGGCUGCAAUAUUGAUGGAAGUGAAAUAGCUCCCAUUGACGCCGAUUCUGUCAAGGAGCAGGCUCGGAUUAUUAAAGACAAAUGUCUGAAAAACGUUGUUAUCGUGGGAAUCGGUUCACCUAUGGACAUAAAUCAUAAUCAAGAGAAUAGGGUAAGAAGACUACUCUACUUUCGCGAUAAUGUAUUCACCCUGUCACUUAGGUUCGAGAAAUUUUCCAAGCAGAAUUGGGGUCCACUGUAAACAUUGUUUGCUCUCACGCAGUCGCCGGAUCCGGGCUAUUGGCUCGAGAGAACGCUUCUGUAUUGAAUGCAUCCAUCAUGAAUUUCGCACGUAGAACAAUCCGUUCAUUUGUUGGUGCAAUGGGAAAAAUUGGACUUCAAUGCCCUCUCUAUUUAUCAUCAAAUGAAGGCCAUCUUUUGACAUUUUCCGAGGCCUUGAAAUUUCCCAUUCGAAUCUUUUCUUCUGGAGCCACGAAUUCGAUUCGGGGCGCUGCAUUGCUGGCAGGUGACCAGAUCGGAAAGAACGGAUGUAUCGUUGUCGAUAUCGGUGGCACCACUACUGAUGUUGGAUACCUACUCAAAAAUGGCUACCCUCGUUUAGCGAAGAGCUAUACGGACUUGGCGGGCGUGAAAAUCAACCUGGAGAUCCCUUCUGUUGAGAGCAUAGGGUUGGGAGGAGGCUCACUUGUCCGAGUCUCUGAGGAUGGGAAGAAAGCAUCAGUUGGACCAGAAAGUGUUGGCCAUGAUAUUCUCUCAAAAGCAUUAUGUUUUGGAGGAAGCGUCAUGACGGCAACUGAUAUUGCUGCUGCCUCGGGUAUCAAAAUUGGAACUUGCGAAGUUGAAUUGUCGGAGUCGACGGUUCAACAGGCAAAAGCAGCAAUAAAGCGUAUGCUUGAGGUCACUAUCGAUCGCGUCAAGUUCUCUCCAGAGCCAUGUUCAGUGAUAUUGGUCGGCGGAGGUUCCAUUCUUUGUCCAGAUUCUAUUGAUGGCGUGGACAAAAUAACUUUGCCAGAGUAUGCAGGUGUUGCCAAUGCGAUCGGCGCUGCGAUGGCAAAGAUCUCAGGAAGUUCCGAAUUUAUUGUCAAGACCACUGAUACAAGUGUUGAAAUUGCCAAAGCAAAAGCCCUGGCAAUUGAUGAUGCGGUUUCGAGAGGUGGUAAUCGCAAUCAAGUGACUGUUCUCAAUGAGCAGGCAACUGGAAUCCCUUACUCCGAUGGAAAGAUCAGAAUUCGUGUGGAUGUUGCAUGUGCAGCUGACCAUGGAAGAGCUCGUCAAGAAAUGCUCAAGGAAAGCCCAAUGACAGAAGACGAGCUAUAUGAGGAGACGAAAAUCCAUCAAGUCCUGGAAAACGAUUUCGCUGAGGCUGAAGAAAAUAUCGAUUUAAUGACAUACAAGCCGGCAGUUGACAGCAAUGGAAUUUGGUCUCUCUCGAAGACGGAUAUUGAGUUCAUUUCAAUUGGGUGUUAUAUGCUCGGCUCGGGGGGAGGAGGGUCACCUUACGGUGUAUAUCUGGAGCUUGCCCAAUUGCUAUUAGAAGGCCAUAACACAAAGAUCAGAAGUCUGGAAAGUUUGACAGCAGAAGAUAUUGUGUCACCCAUCGCUGCGGUCGGAACGCCAGAAGUCAGCAACGAAAGACCAGGUGGGGACUACAUGCUUCAUGCACUCAGUGAGAUGUCCAAACUCAUGUCGCUCGAGUAUACCACGAUGCUAGCAACGGAAAUAGGAGGAAGUAAUGGUCUCCAGCCUCUAGAGUGGGGCAGUUCGAAAUAUUACAAUAUUCCAACAGCAGACGCUGACUUUAUGGGUGAGCUUCUCUGUCCCAGUCGCGUAUUGGAGCUAAUAGAUCUUAGGUCGUGCUUGGCCAAGCUUUGAAAUGUGUUCUCCAUACGUUACAGCCACAUCAAUCAACGAUUUGCUGCCGGUGACAUUAAGCAGUGGCACUGGAGUGAAUCAUGUCAUUCCUGCGAACCAAGCUGACCAGGCCUCGGCUAGCAUGGCAAUUUCAACAGCUGUAUUCAGCAUGGGGUAUGUCUAUUAACAAGCUCAGUAAUACUUGCCUGAUGUAUAAUUAUAGUAUCGCAGCCGGCGGAGUCUCAAAACCAAUGUCAGGUCCUGAGGUCCAGAGAACUGGAAUUCCUAAUUCUUACUCAAUAUCUUGGCGGCUCGGACGGUGCGUUUCAAUUGCCCAGCAAACAUCAACACUUUCGACCGUGACCGAUAAAAUCAUUGAGGAAUGUGGAGGUAGUAAGAGUGCUCGUCGUAUCUUCACUGGGAAAAUCAGAAGUGUAGAAAGCAGUUUGACUACCUCAGCUCAUAGUGUUGGAAAAGUGAUUAUUGAAAGGCUAGGCGAGAAUGAGACGGAGAACGAGGCUGAUCGCGUUGAUGAAUUUGCCGAAGUGCAUAUCCCAUUCAAGAAUGAGAAUCUAGCUGUCGUCGGGAAAGAUGAGAGUGGAAAGGAAACGGUAAGAGUUUUGCGUCUCGUGAGAACCAAUGGUAGAGUACUGAUAUCACUUUAGGUCCUGGCUACCGUUCCAGAUCUUAUUUUCCUGCUAGAUGUUUCGACUGGUGAAAAUGUUGGUACUCAGGAAUACCGGUACGUUCAUUCCCCAUGAUUGCUCGUUUUCACCUCUACAAAGAAACUAACUGUUGAUUCAGUUACGGACUGAAAGUGACGGUCAUGAUUGUUGCACCUCACCCGAUAUGGAUCACUAAACGUGGGCUUGAAAUUGUUGGACCAAGGGUCUUUCAUCUUCCGUAUGAUUACACCUCGCCAAUUAUCUAUACUAAACCUAGAAGUGUGAUUGAGGAGUUCCGGGUUAGAGAUGGUGGGAAGUAAAUGUUUAAUACUGUACUGCGAAUCACACUCUGUGGUCCAUAUAAUCAAC